GUAGACUUAAAGAAAAAAAAGCAUCAAGGUAUAUUGCACAAACAGCUAGAGCUUUAAGUUAUAUUCACCAAAAACACGUUAUUCAUCGAGAUAUAAAACCAGAAAACUUGUUGAUAGAUUUGAAUGACGAGAUCAAGAUUGCAGAUUUUGGAUAUUUUGCUUUAUAUAUAAGACGUAAAACAUUUUGUGGUAUAUUGAAUUAUAUUCUACCCGAAAUGGUUGAAGGUAAAGAACAUGAUGAAAAGGUCGACUUUUGGUCACUUGGUGUUUUGUGCUAUGAACUUUUGACUAGUACUGCACCGUUUGAAAAAACUGGUCAUACUGCAACAUAUAAACAAAUUGCAAAAGCAGAGUUCACACUUCCUGAUCAUUUGUCUUUUGAGGCUUGUGACUUGAUUUGUUUGUUACUAAAACAUGACCUGAAACAACAUCUACCUUUGAAAGAUGUCUUGAAACAUCCAUGGAUUCGAAAAUACCAGAAAAGUCUGUUAAUAGUUUUUAGUAGUUAUAUUUGUCAA